AUGUCAGUCAUAUCAUCCCCCCGUGUCUCCGUUGCCUCUUCGCGAGCUACCCCGACAUCCUCGCGUCGGCCGUCAACAGAAAACCUCACUGCCAACAACUCCGUGAGUGGCCUCGGCAUCAGUGGCACUUCUUCCUCCAAUCGAGGCGUGUCUCCAGCUCAGCGUCGAAACCGCGCCGCUCUUCGAGAUUAUUAUAACCUCAAGGCUACUACUGCCAGCGAUGGGGCCAGCAUUUCGCUACCGUCCGGCAGCGCGCCGAGAUCAACCGGUGCCAAUGAGCUGUCAGGGUCACCCAUGAUCACCGUGACCUCGGAGCUCGAUAGCCCCGAUUUCAAAGCGCAGCAAUACAUUGACCAGCUUCUCGCUACUUCUUCACUCUCGACAGUCUUGAAGGCCGAAAACACGUUGGUGGGAGAUAUACGCACCCUGGAUGGCGAACGGAAGGCGCUUGUUUAUGACAACUAUUCAAAAUUGAUCCGUGCGGUUGAGACCAUUGGAACAAUGCGGCGGAGCAUGGAGGAACGCGGCGCUCCGUUAACAAUGACCAAAACCCUUGGGCCAGCUGUUGCGUUUGUCGCUGAAACGGCCAGUGGUCUGAUCAAAGAGGGUGAAGACCUCCGUCGCAGGGUCCAGGAGGCGAAGAGCAAGGCAACAGGCAAUAAAACUGCAGAGCAGAGCACCGUGGAGUGGGUUCUGGCGACUCCGGAUCGGCUCCGAAAACAUUUGAGCGACGGCAAUACAGAAAAGGCAGAAAAGGACUGGGCUGAAAUAGACAGCCUUCUCAAGAGCUGGAAGAAUGUAAAGGGGGUCACGGAAUUGAGGGCAGCUUGUGAGGAAAUUAUGAAGGAAAAUCCCGUGUGA